GGUAUUUUUUAGCACGUGUUGAACACAACUCGAUGCGUAUGUCAUGUACGUGCGCAUAAGUGUUGGAUUUUUGGAGGCCCGCGGUAGAAACGUGUUAACAAAAUGCCGAAACCAAACUCCAGGAUGAGUUUGGCGGAGCAAAUUGCUGCUCUGAACGAUCCUGCUCCAAGUUUUGACCCAGAAGACGCUUCUGAUACAGAGACCAAAGCUAAACUUGCCGAAUUUGAAGACGAAUUUGAAGAUGCCUCUGAUGUCCCCUCAAGCAAACUCCGCAGGAGAAACGCAGGGAUCUUAGCUGAUGACGACAAGCGUUACGCCGGACGGACCACAUCCAGGAGGGACUUGGACUCAUGGGACGAUGGUGUCAUAGGGAGCUCCAAACAGGGGGACGAUGCCCUCAGCAGCGAUGACGAUGCCAGCAUUAGCGAUGAUGGGAGCAUCAGCGAUGAUGACCGGAUGCAGCAAUGUUCAGAUGAAGACUCAUCCGCUGAAGAACAGUCGGACUCCGAUGGUGAAAGGCGUGCCACCCGAAAUCUUGAAGAUGCGUUCAUGAGGAUCAGAGCGGAGUUAGAUGAGGAAUCCUCGGGAGAUGAUGAAAUUGGCGCCGCAGAAGAUGACGAUGAUUUUGAUGAUCACGGAGAAGAUAGCGAUGACAAUGAUCAUGACGAUGAUAGUGAUGAUGAUGAUGAUGAUGAUGAUGAAGAUGGGGAUUACCAUAGCAACCAGGAGGCAACAAGUGGAGUGCAAGCUUUCUCAGAAGUGAGCAUUGAGGAAGAGGUUGCCAAGGGUAAAGCCACCAAGGCACAGCUGACCUUAUGGGAUGCCUUCAUUGAGAGUCGGAUCAAGAUUCAGAAGGCCCUAGCGAUAGCCAACCAGCUUCCGGCUUACGACAAGCAAGCGGCCUUCGUCCAGAGGGGCGGCCAGGCGGUGCAGGAAAUGUUGCAUUCGAGCAGCAGACAGCUGAAGGCGCUUUUGAAAAAGCUGAUCGAUCUGCAGCAGGCUCUGUUGCUUGGCAACCAGGCAACCCGCCACAUCGUUGUGGGCAAAGAGGCGGUUGACCAAAAGAGUGAUGAGGAGGUGACAAGCUCGGAUGACGCCGAUGGUGAAGACGACUCAUCCCCUCCUGAGCGUUCCCGCCAAAGGCCAGCCGUGGGACAGCGCAAGAGGAAGCCGGACACGGGUGACCUGGGGGAAUUCCUCGCCAAGAGACACAAGGACUUCCAAUCGUUCCAGUUUGACACGAUCCAGAAAUGGCACGAGAAGACCAGACUGGCCAGCGGCAAGCACAGCUCCAAGUCCUUUGCCUCGUUUGAGAAAUCGGCCGUUUCACAAAUAGAGCAGGUGCUGCAGGACAAGCCAAGACUCAUCAGACGGACCCAACUGCGCCGAACAGUGUACACGCGACUGGGAGAGCCAGAGGGAGCAGACGACGGCACACAGUCAAAAGAAGACUCACAGGAUGUGACUGCAGCCGGCAACUCUCAUCUGAAAGAGUAUGAUGAAGAAACCUUUGACGACGACGACUUCUACCAUCAGUUGCUACGGGAACUGAUUGACAAAAGGACAUCAUCAACCACCGACCCGGUCCAGCUAACCAGGCAGUGGCUGGAAGUGCAGAAGCUGCGGAGAAAGAUCAAGAGAAAGGUGGACACCAAAGCGAGCAAGGGGAGGAAGAUAAGAUACGACGUCCAUCCUCCACUUGUGAGCUUCAUGGCGGGAAAGGACACAGGGACGAUGAUGGAGAGUGCUAGGGACGAGUUGUUCAGGUCAUUGUUUGGCAGACGGAGGAACCUAGCCAAAGACGUCCUCUAAAGAUCCAGCCGACGUAGGUACGUUUCGUCGCGUCCCUGGUGUUCCAUUAUCAGCUUUCCGUCGUCGGCAGCAGGCCCACUUUUGAUGGAUUCCAGGGCCAGUGUAGGCAGCCUCGCCUCUCACCGACCAAAGACUUCCCCGAACCAGGGCUUCAUGCGGUCGCCGACAGCUGGAAAACUUUGCCUAGCAAGCCAAAGCUGAGAGCCAAUCAUGAGCAAUGUAUGGUACUUACUUACAGGGACUUUAGCCUGGUAAGCUGUGUUGCUUUAAUGACAAUUGUUUUCUUUCGGUAGUUGAUAAAGGCGUGGUGACUCUGAGCAUAAUCACGCUCUCAGGGGCAAAAAUGCAGAACGUUACUGUUCAACCGUCGUUCUCCGAGUUGUAAUUUAAAAUUUUCAUGGAGAGUGACAAAAAUAUUGAAAGGGGGAGGCCGAUGGUCUUGGCUCACUUAGAAACCUUGUCCAAAAUUUUGUGCUCGUCUUGGUAUCUUUGCCGUCUUGGAAUAGUUUAUGCCAUCUAUUAGCAGCCAAACGUUUAAACUGCUACAAGCAUGCUGAGAGACAAAUCGUUGUGGGCUGCCAGGCAACUUCUGUAGGUUGGAGAGCACAGGUUUACUGGGAACACUUCAGAGCCGCAGCUGUCUCGAAGACCAUCUUGGGAUGCAUUCCCCUCGUAUCAGGGACUUCGAACACUGUUCUCCCAUGUACAUGUAUGCCUGACGUUAACUUUCAUCAAGAUGCCAAUCUGAGUGAUAUACAAGGUACAUGUGUGUACAUUAACCCUAACCCUCGAGGGCAUUUUGGCUUAGACACCUUGCCAAAGCAUCUUGCCUGCCCAGUGUUGACAAGAUCCAACAGGUCAACUCUCCCCAAGGCCAGACAGCCUGGGAGUCGGUGGUUGCCAGUCACCAACAAGAUCGAACAGUGGCAUUGUCCAAUGGGACUAGAUCCCAUUACAAUUAGCAAUUUAGCGAUAACAGGUGCAUCAAAGAAUUGACACUGGCACGCACACCGAGAGGUCAGAUUUGUGGUGCAAUAAAAUUUAUUUCAUUCUCUUCGUUACAAAAUAUUCAUUCCUCUAGAUUUGGUUUUUGUCUUACACAUGUUAAAGUAAAUGCCUCAUUUUAUGCAGUCGUCCAACAAUUAAAAUUGUAACUUAUUUCCAUACUGUAGAAAUG